AUGGCUCAAGCUUCGAUAGGCGACCCGUCGAGUGAUCGUGCUGUCUCCUCCGAGCCUUGCUCGACCCGCCCGAAUCCUUUCGAGGAUAACGACCUCUCUUCCAGAAAACGACGUCGCACAUCGCUAGCAAGCGACUCUCGAAGCCGAUCAGUCGAGACGAUCGGCUCUUCCCCAAGCCCACCUGUCGCGGCCACAUCAGCCAUCGAGCUGCGAAGUGAUUCUGCUAUGAAGAUCGACUCGGACCUGGCUAUCCCCGCCACGCCCGAACGGCAGCAACCCGCCGCCGAGCCUGCUUCCGAGCCGCGAUCCAGCCGCGUUACGAUAAACCAAGUACCUCGCGCGUUCAUCGAAUGGAUAGACAAGUAUCUCGACUAUGUCAAAACAGCGCCCCUCCAAUCCGUCGAAGAUUCCACAGUUGUACAUCGAGAUAUGUGGCAAACUGUGCCCCCGUUGGUCCUCCACAUGGUGACUCGAAAGUCCUUUGCACAGUUGACGGCCUUCUUCAUCGAAAUCGACCUCCGAGUCUUGCGGAGUCAAACCUUGUCCGACGAAGCACUCAUCCAGGCGCUGGCUUCACCAUCCUACAUCCACGCGCUUGGGGCUCUCAUGCGCCGGGAAGAGGUGGCAAUACACAGCUCAUCACUCCCGCGCAACGGGGACGAUGAUUGGAGUUACGUUGCUGAGAUGAUGGCUAUUGUCGACGCAUUUCAAAACUUCCCGGUACUCCAAGGAGGUUCCCUCUUGCAUAUCCGGCAGCUAGCCACGCUCGAGCUCCGGCUUGCGUCCCAAUUCCCUCGCUUGAUCACUGACCAUCUCGGGAAUUUAUGUCUCGUCGCGGGAAAUAUCAUGAAGUACACGCUUCGCAAGGCACAAUACCCCCCCGGUCAGCAAGUCAGUGAACCUGCGAACCGCGCUAUCGCUCGCAUGUAUGCUUUCUUCACGACCAUGGCUGCCAUGCUUUCGGACAUGGUCGACAAGAAUCUCAACCAGCUCUCGCCUGAGGGCGCGGCGAACCUCAUCGAGGGACUGACAGAGGUGUACCAAACCUGCAUCGCCGCGGACGGCGUCGUCCCUUCGGACGUCAUCGACCGACAUCUCUUGGGCCACCCUCCCGUCCCAGCGCAUCUCGUGCCAGAGGCGAUCGCCUACCAUUGGAAAUUCACGCACUUCGUCAAACUCAUCAGGUCCGGCCAAAUGCAGCUGCGCGUCAUGGCCGUGAGUACCAUGUGCAGCGAUCUCGUUGCUUUGUAUCGCAAAAGUGCCGACCCACUUGGGGAGGAAGCCACGCUUGCGCUCUUGCACUACGUUGCAGACUUCCUUCUGAGCACGGGCUUGGUCAACUACAUCUUGGGCCCGACGUGCCAUCCGGAAAUCACCCUUGAGAGUAGCAAUAUCAUCGGUUUUCUAGUCGUCUCGGCCACAUAUUCGCGAGCGCAUACCGACACCUUGUGGCAGACCGUCACAUCAACACAGGACCCGCGGGUAUCGGACGCCCUCAUCCGCAUGAUCGGCCGCAUCACCAACCUGUUUACUCAGGAAUCGCUAAUGUAUUUCCUGGAGAAGUUCAAUACGAUUCCCGUGGAAGUCUUUGGCUCGACCAUGCGGGAGUUCUGCGAUCAGGUUCUCAAACAGAUCAUCACUCGCUUCCCCGAGAGCCUUCUGACCGACUCUGCCCCCUUCGAUCUGUUCAUCCGCCUCAUCCGGCAGUCCUCGGGGUUGGGGUCGCAGUCGCCAGUUGCGUAUCCCGACCUGCAGCAGUUCGCGAUACAAAAGUUCGACAGCGUUCUGAACCACGGCCCAGACCAGGAGGGCCGCUGGAAGAUAUAUCGUGACUGCCUGAGUGACAUCGCCCAGCGGUCCCCGUCCACAAUAGGGAGCAUCUGGGUCCUCAAGAUGGCGACCCGUUUCCACCAUGCCCGGGACUUGCAUGAGUUGGCUUCCGAGCACGACCUGACGAAACUCCUGAUCGAGGAGCUCGCCGCUGCAUGGGGCGCAGAACGCUCCUCGGAAGGAACUUAUCACCGAAGUUUGGGUCGGAACCCCUUCGCAUCCAUCUGCUUCGCCGAGUACCUCCUGGCCCUGGACCCCAAAUUCUUCUGCCAGGGUGCUCUUGAUUUUGUUCGCGAGGGCGUGAUGCCGCUCGUAAACGACCCCACCAGCAUUGUUCUCGACGACGAGGAGAACCCCAAAAACGCCGGAAUCGAGAUGCUGUGGCGGAUUGCCCUUACUGCCCCGACCGGAACAGUCGAGAGGCGGGCCAUCCACGCCCUGGUCAGCGAUGUUUACGUCGAGAGCCGGUCGAUCCGGUCCUUUCAGCCCUACAGGGCUCGCAAAGUACAUCUGGCCCUCGUUGACCGGUGCCUUGGGCAACUUUCGUCCGCAGCUGCGAGGUUGAAGACCUUUGCCGAUGGCACCGCUAGCGGGGAUGACGACUCCAUGGUCAUAAUUGCCACGGACCGACAAAUCCAAGAGCAAGAACUGUUGUUCGUCCGCUCCCUGGCGGUCCUGAGGGAGUUCCACCGUGCCCAUCGGGCCAAGUCGGACUUUUCUGCGCCGGAUAUGAGAUCGCUCAUCCUUGAGUCGCCAAAAGAAAUGGAAGGCGAGCCUGCGGAACUCAAGUAUCAGUCGUUUGAUGGUGACAAACAGUCCGCGGUCAUGCCCCUCACCAUCGGGAAACACAACACGGGUGCAGAUUUGCUUGCGAAGCUACGAGAAGUUGCCGGCUUCGAGUGCUACCAGAUCUACUACCGGGGGAGACCGUUUGUUCCCCAGGAAAGCGACCUCCGUACAACCCUCGAGGACCUACAAAUCCACAACGGCAUCCUUCUUGUCAAGAGAGAGCCCGAGGCUCCGAGCUCACCAAGGGUUCCUCAAGGUGCAUCUCCGGUGGAGGUUGAGAUCUUAAACCAUUUCGAUGAAUUGUGGGAGUAUCUCUCAAUAGACGAAAAGCUUGCUCGCGAGAUGUACGGAUUUUUGGUUAAGCUCCCCCGGGAUAAAAAACUACUCGGAGCCAUCAGUGACCCCUCGGUCUCCUACCUCGACAUAUUUCCGGUUGGGCAACCAUUCAAAUCGCUUUAUGCCGUCGAUGCUCUCCAAGAGUACCUCGGCUCCUGGCGACCAAAAGCCGCUGUUGUAGGGGGCCUCACCCCAACAGACGAUGAUUAUGGUCCGCGUUUGGUGUCUUCGGCUCGAGCCAUGUCCCUCGUCGUUCCGGCAAUUUCGGACCCUCACCUUGUGGCUCAAUGCCCAAACCAGGAACUACAAAUCGAACUUGGCCCCGAACUUCCAGCAUCCGCGACUCAGUUUCUUGACCCUCCCCUUUUGCAUCGCCUUCUCGCGAUCCUUUCGGUGGCUACUUCCCCCCACCCUCAAAAGGGUGCCAUCAAGCACAUAUCCCUAUGCCUCCAAAGCAUCCUGGAGAGUUGUUGCGUCAGCGACCGUUUCCUGUCGGCGUUUGCCGCCCACCCAGACGUUACGCGUAUUCUUGAAGAUCUUCUUCUCAACGAUUUGCGGGCCACUGUCCGGCGAACAACUGCAAUUCUAAUCCGAGAAAAGACUGGCGCAGUUGCAGAGAAUGAGAGCUGUUCCGGAGCACGGUUAACGACAGUUGCAAAGCUGAGGGAGUUUUUCUGGCCCCUCAUCUCGCGCCUUGUCAGGCCAGCGAUCGCGAGCACCGGCAACUCAGCAGAGAUUCUUGAGCUGUGCUCCGACAUGCUCGGCACCCUGGAAGAAACGCAAAUCGGAAUGCUAGAUCUCAAGCAACUCUCAAAUGACUGGUUCGACUUACUUAUCAACUAUACUACGUCCGAGGAUCUCACCCGUCCCGACGAAGUGGACCUUGUUGCGGCCGGCUUGGUUCGGCUCCUGCAUGCCAUUGUGUGCAACCAUAGCGGCCGAGCCGGUCGGGACAUACUUCCAGCGAGGGGUAUUGCUCGAAAAGUCUUCUGGAAGCAUCUAUUCCCGCUCCGCGAAGAGGUGACAGGGGAAUGCCAUAAUCGACCCAUUGCUUGUCCCCAGACCAGGGGCCAGCUCAUGGAAAUCAUUUUCAGGCUGGUCAAAGAUGACCCAACGCAGUACAUGUGGCUCCUCGAGGACAUGCAUGACCUGGUCCCGGUAUUUCCGAACCAAGAAGAAUUUUACUCCUACGAGCUCCCUCAGCAGUUUGAGAGGGCAAAAACAAUCAGAGCGGCGUGUGGAUAUCCCGGCGUCCGGAACUUGUCCAACACUUGCUACUUCAACUCGCUAUUAACUCAGUUGUUCAUGAAUGUGGACUUCCGCGAGUUCAUGCUUGGGGCCACUGUCCGAGACCGGCAGUACAGUCAGCAGUUGCUUUUCCAGACACAGAAGUUAUUCGCGUUCCUGCAGGAUAGCGUCCGGCCCUUCAUCAACCCUGAGGAAUGUGUUGCUAGCAUCAAGACAUACGAGGACACGCAGAUCGACGUCGUUAUCCAGAUGGAUGUCGACGAGUUCUACAACCUGUUGUUCGACCGGUGGGAGGGACAAUUUUUGACGGCCGACGAAAAGAACCGCUUCCGUUCCUUCUACGGCGGUCAACUCGUCCAACAAGUCCGCUCUCAAGAAUGCGAACACGUCUCUGAAAGGCUCGAGCCCUUUUCCGCAAUCCAAUGCGAUAUCAAAGGGAAAAGCACAUUGCAAGAAAGCCUACAAGCCUAUGUCGACGGCGAGAUCAUGGAAGGCGACAAUCUCAUCUGUCACCUUAAGCGCUUUGACUUCAACCUGCGAACCAUGCAGCGGAGCAAGAUCAACGACUACUUUGCCUUCCCGGACAAAAUCGACAUGCGGCCGUACACCAUUGAUCAUUUGAGCAACCCCUCCGGAGACGAAUCGGAAGACAUUUUUGAGCUUGUUGGUGUCCUUGUCCAUAGCGGAACGGCCGAAUCAGGUCAUUAUUAUUCAUACAUCCGGGAGCGCCCCACCGACACCGACACCCAAACUUGGGUCGAAUUCAACGACGAGGCGGUCACUCCAUGGGAUCCGGCCUCGAUGGCAAACUCGUGCUUCGGCGGCCAAGAUUUCCAGCCCCAAUUUCAGUCAAGCAAUGCGGUCUUUGAGAAGCAGUACAGCGCCUACAUGUUGUUCUACCAGAGGUCAUCAGCCCGGACCAGGAACCAGGUGGUGCCGCAGCAACCCGAAGGGCGCUUGAUUCCCCCGAGAGUGAAGAUGCCCAAGGACAUCCAAGAGUUCAUUGAGGAGGAGAACGCCUGGCUGCUCCGGAGACAUUGUCUGUUUGACCCGUCCCAGAUACAGUUUGUGUGCUUGAUCCUCUCCAAUGUGAGGAGCUUGCAUUCGAAUGCAUGCUCUGCGGAUCAUACCCUGGAGACACAGGCAAUUGCUAUGGCUCUUAGCCACCUGGACCAGGUUGCGUCACGGACAAAGGAUGUCCCCGAUUUCUACACUCUCCUCGGAAGCAUCCAGACCAUGUUGCACAAUUACUUCAGCAGGUACAUCUUUGCUCUCCGCAUGCUGAUGCAGAGGAACGUGGACGAGGAUGUUCGCCAGGCGACAGCCAACUUCAUGAUUCAUGUUUUUCAGUCGAUCAAGGAACAUGCCCCGGCACAAUACGGUCUCCCGACCUCAGAAGCGGAUGGCGAAGGGGAUUCGGAUGAGUACGAGCUGCACGAAUCUGUCAUUGCGGGUGUGAUCGACAAUCUUGAACACCUGUGGCAGAAUUUCCACAUGAACUUGCGUUCGUGGCAUGAAGUUUUCGACUUUAUGUUGUCCUUCGUCAAGAUGGGGCGCUACGAACUGGCAGCUUUCUUAGGGCAUCGUCAUUUCUUCAAGUGGCUACUAUGGAUCGUGUGGGCAGACACACAUGCCGAGCCGUUUCUCCCUCCGCAGUUCGCUAAAAUGGUUGCUGUGGUUGCCAGGAGGCCGGCCAACCGGCCACCAUCCUACGAAACGAUCAUCGCUCUCUUAGACUUUCUGCUUUCGAACAUCCGGCUCCCAACCACUGCCAGUGGUCACCCCACGGGUGUAGCAAACGCCAGAGAGCGGGUGAGGUUCAAGCCGGAUAUGGACCAACCAUUUGACAUUACCGUGGACGAAGCCGAGAUUCUUCACCGGACGGGCCCUCGCGCGGUUCCGGUCAACAUCUUUGCGGACAGGCUUAUUUCGAUUGCCCAGAACCCAGCGGCGACCCAUUCGAUCAUCACGACGCUGAUGAAGGAGAGCGAGGUGAUGGAGAAUAGUAUCUUCCAUACCCUCCUUUUCCGGAUCACUGGGCAGAUCGGCCACCCCAACGCCGAGGGCAAGGCGUUCCUGGACUUCAUGCGCGAGACGUUUGACGGUCCGCGAGAGAGGACGGGAGAGACAGCACACCAAGUCGCCAUAGCUGGUCUCGACAAUGUGCCCGAUUGGGCACCCGGCUUGCUGGGCUACUUCGACACGUCGGUCAUUGAUGGAACCGAGGCAUUCCUGCACGAGAAGAUAUUCCGAUACCGGACUUUCCGGCCUUCUGGGAGCGAGGACACCGAGGAGGCGCGGGAAUUGGCCGAGAAGAUGCGGCUGACGGCCAGGGCCUUGGGGGUAAGGUGUCUGUACUACCUUCGCGAUAACUACGUCGUCCGUAGUGUGGAGGUGACGGAGCGCGCAGUCGGGGGCCUGCAGAGGGUGAUCAAACAAUGCGGCAGGUACUUCAAUCUGAAGGAUCCAGUGGAGGAUAACGAGGCUCCGGGCUUCGUGCAGCUGAACCAGGUCGACGAGUUAGAGGAGGAUGGCUCCGACUGGGCAAACUCAUCCGUGUGCUCUGGCCAGCUCGACGGAUUUGAAGACGCCGCCACGGACGAGCUGCGCGGUGGAGAGGAAUAG